AUGUUCUUUAAUAGAAAGCCCAAAGCACCGGCCGUGCCAGCUGACUGGCCAUCACCUUAUCACAAUAAAUGUAACCAACCCAACUGCCGCUAUCCAAAUCCUCCACAAGCUGCAAAGGGUGUAUAUAUAUGCAAGGGUGUACCAGGUGGUUUCUUCUGUGAAGGUACAUACAAGGUAUCGAACGUCAAGGCUCAGGAAGCCACACUAUAUUACAAGGAAAUAUCACGUCGCACCGCAGAGGCAGCAUUACGUUCUGAAGAAGAGAGGAAACGCCGAGAGGUAGAUUGGAAAAGGUCAGAGAUGGCGAAACGGAGGCGAGGUAAGGAAGAGCAGGAGGAACGUCUAAGGGAAGAGAGGGUGAGGCAGGGGUACGGACAGCGGGUUCAUGUUCUUGGUGGUGUGGAGAUCAGACAAGUAAAGCAACACGUGAGGCCUGAUCCACGGUCUGGUGCUGUGCAUCGACCUUCACAGGCUCAAAUUGAAGAGGAGUAUAUAACUGAUCGGAAGAUGAUGCAGAUGUACCCCGAACGGAGGAUACGGCCACGAUGGAUAUGAGACCAUUCUCAAUUUUUGGAGACACUUCGACAUUUAUGAAAAUUAACUAACCAUCUGUGCUAUGACCGUACCUUAUAUGUAUUAUGCUAAUCAAAGGAAUUUAUGAAAA